AUGGAGGAACACGAUGACAUGCUUGCAAAGUAUCACAAGGGAGAGGAAAACAAUGGGUUUGUCAGAACACACUACUUCAAAAAAAUUGAUGAAAAAAAAAUUAACAAAAAUUUGAUAAGUCUAGAAAAAAUGUUCCUCUCAGAUGAAAUCUUUUUAGAUGUAUACAUAAAUGAAAAAGAAAAAAAUAAUUUCGAUUUUUAUCUCAACAAUAUAAUUGAUGAAAGAAUAAGAACAAGUAAUUUUUUAAAAAGUUGGACACACAUAGAGGUAAGUAACAUAUAUAACUAUAUCCUCUAUGAUAAUAAAUCAUGUACCGAUGUUUUGAAUGAUAAGAAAGGGUACCUAAUACUGAAACUCAAAUAUACCAAUGAAAAUCAAACAAUAACUUCUUAUUUUAAAGUUAACUGUCGAAAUGUGAAGUGGGAUACCGAAAAAAAAGUAUGGCAUAUUCCCUUAUUUUACAUUUACGAGGUCACAAAACUUACUAUUUUCUUGGGAGGAACAGUUAGUGACAGUGUCCUCUAUUACUUAUGCAAAUUGUUCAAUCACUUUUCAUCUAUAAAGGGCGUCACGAGUACGAAGCAGGUUUUUCCACGAGGCGUUAAUAUGCAUGACAAGACCGGUGAUCUAAUAACUGCCCCGACUGUUGCCCCGACUACUUCCCCCGAGGAGAGCAAGCAAGUAACUAAGACCAAUAGCCUGUCCCGGUCUCCCUACAACUCGGACCUAUUCAUCAGGAAAGACAAGUCAGGGUUCAUCGAAUACAUAGCAAAAAGUGGAAUGUUCGGAAUGGAACACAUAAUUGUAAACAGCACAGUUCGAAGUGAUUCGAUACAAAUAAAAAUCGUGCCAUAUAACGAAGAAGUAGUUAAAAAGAUGAAAGAACUUAACCUGUUCCAGUGGGAUAAAACAGAAAAUAUAUGGAUAGGGAGAAAGAAUAAUUUUAAAACAUUUUACACAAAUGUAAUAAAAGGAUUCGAGUACAAAUUGUGUUCGUACUAUGAUUGCUACAAAUUUGGAAAGCAACAAUUAUUAAUAGAUACAGACACGAAGGGAGGUAGUACCGGUGGUGUAAUUUUGACUAGUUCCAGAAAAAGCGGUAUACAAUCACUUAAUGUAAAAAGAAAAAGAAAAGUUGUAUCUAACGAAAUAAAAGAGAUGAAAAAGAAUUGUAAACAUAAAAUGUGUUAUGAAAGCACAGAUUCGUCAUAUUCAGACGAAUUGUCACACAAUGUAGAUUCUAGCUAUUAUGAAGGAAGAGAACAAGUAAAUAAAAUAAAAUUAAUCGGGGCAGCCAAUAACUAUUAUAGAGAUAUUAUUUAUAACAAAUUAAAUAAACUUAAACAUUUGAAACCACCAAAUUUUACUUAUGAUCCGAAAGGGUUUAUAACUAAGAAUGGUGCAGGGACUAAAGGAAUCGAAAUUUAUGACAUGCCAAGUGACAUCAAUGAAUGGAAUAAGAUAAGUUUUUGUAUAGUCCCAGAUGAGAAAAAACAUGUAGAUUUAUAUGACCCUAAAAUUUUAUGUAGUCUUGUUAGUGAUGUUUACAUCCUUAAAGAAAAAGCAAUUGAUCUUAUUUUAAAAAAAUUCCAAAGAUGGCCAGAAUAUACUGAUGUAUAUUGGAAUAAUAUAUGCAGAGAAAAUGAAUUCAUUGUGCACAACAAAAAUUUUAAUACUAGACAAAAAUUAGCACACGACAGACUUUUCAAUAAACAAUUUUUUUACAUAUUUAACAUUGAAAGUGUGAAACAAUCUAAUUAUUAUGAUGCCUUAUUUUUAUGUAAAGCUUUGAUCACACUUGGGGAUGGAAAAAUUGUAAACAAUCCGCUCGAUGCAGAAUAUAUUAUUGUUUCAAAUUGCAACGAUCCAAAUGCUAUCGAUUUUUAUAAUUCUUUGCAAGGUACACAAAAGAAGAAAAAAAAAUUACCCUUAUUCGUUACACCAACAUUUAUAUACGAUUGCAUUUUAAACUACUCUGUCUCGUAUCCAUCGAAAAACAAAUAUCACUUUUCUUUCUUCUGA